AUGGGUGUUGUUGGGCCGGAAGCCAAUGAGGAAUUCGGUGAAGGAGAAACGACCGUAAUUUGUUUAAGGAUGUAGGCACGGGUCUGAAGGAACAUGGGGUCUUAUCGGAGGUGGCCGCGGCUCCUGCUCCCAGGCUUGCAAACCUGCGGGUUACACACGGCAGCUGUGCCGACCCCUCCACACUGGUUGGCAGAGCGGCUUGGCCUUUUUGAGGAGCUAUGGACUGCUCAAGUAAAGAGGUUAGCAAGUAUGGCACAGGAGGAACAUCGGACUAUUAAGAUAUCACUCCCCGGAGGCCAGAAAGUGGAUGCUGUGGCGUGGAACACAACCCCUUACCAACUAGCCAAGCACAUCAGUUCAACACUGGCAGAUAUGGCAGUGGCUGCACAAGUGAAUGGAGAACUUUAUGAUCUGGAGCGGCCCUUGGAGACAGAUUCUGACCUCAGGUUUCUGACAUUCAGUUCUGCAGAGGGCAAAGCAGUGUUCUGGCACUCCAGCACCCAUGUCCUGGGGGCAGCAGCUGAACAGCUCCUUGGUGCUGUCCUCUGCCGAGGUCCAAGUACAGAAUGUGGCUUCUACCAUGAUUUCUUCCUGGGAAAGGAGCGUUCGGGGCUCAGAGCUGCCUGCUUUGGAGCGGAUUUGCCAGGAACUUGCAGCUGCUGCUCAGCCCUUCCGGAGGUUAGAAGUGUCUCAGGAUCAGCUUCGCCAGCUCUUCAAGGUGGGAUGGAGGUGCACGCAUUUAGGAGGAAGACCCAGAAGCAUGAGGGAAGAGGUGGCUCUCUCCCAGGACAUCUGUAUAGGAAUAAAGACUUAUCCUCACUCUCCUUCCAGGAUAACCCCUUUAAGCUACGCCUGAUCAAGGAGAAAGUGACAGGUCCAACAGCAACAGUAUAUGGGUGUGGCAUGCUGGUUGAUCUUUGCCAGGGCCCCCACCUUCGGCAUACUGGACAGAUUGGAGGACUGAAGCUGCUAACGAACUCGUCAUCCCUGUGGAGGUCCUCGGGUGCCUCAGAGACACUGCAGCGAGUGUCAGGGAUCUCCUUCCCCACAGCAAAGGAGCUGAGGGCCUGGGAGGAAUGGAAGGAGGAAGCGGAGUUACGGGACCACCGGCGCAUUGGGAAGGCACAGGAGCUCUUCUUCUUCCAUGAACUGAGCCCUGGGAGCUGCUUCUUCCUGCCUCGAGGGACAAGGGUGUAUAACACACUGGUGGCUUUUAUCAGGGCCGAGUACACCCGCCGUGGUUUCUCAGAAGUGAAAACCCCCACGCUGUUUUCUGCGAAACUCUGGGAGCUGUCAGGACACUGGGAACAUUAUCAGGAAGACAUGUUUACCCUGCAGCCCCCAGGCUCUGACAGGCUUGCCAGCUCCCCGAGUGACCAUCCUACCAGCCAUCCCACAGACACACUUGCCCUCAAGCCCAUGAACUGCCCUGCACACUGCCUGAUGUUCGCUCACCGUCCCAGAUCCUGGCGAGAGCUGCCGCUGCGACUGGCAGACUUCGGGGCCCUGCACCGGGCCGAGGCCUCUGGCAGUCUGGGGGGACUGACCCGGCUGCGGUGCUUCCAGCAGGAUGACGCUCACAUCUUCUGUGCACCGGAUCAGCUUGAAGCAGAGAUCCGAAGCUGUCUUGAUUUCCUCCGUUCUGUCUAUGCUGUCCUUGGCUUCUCAUUCCGCCUGGCGCUAUCCACCCGGCCAUCUGGCUUCCUGGGAGAGCCUUGCGUUUGGGACCAGGCUGAGCAGGUCCUUCAGCGGGCCCUGGAAGAAUUUGGAGAGCCCUGGGACCUCAACCCUGGAGAUGGUGCGUUCUAUGGGCCUAAGAUUGAUGUGCACCUCCGUGAUGCCCUGGGUAGGCCCCAUCAGUGCGGGACAAUCCAGCUUGACUUCCAGCUGCCCCUGAGAUUUGGCCUCCAGUACAAGGGGCAGGCGGGAGUCCCAGAGCGUCCAGUCCUCAUUCACCGAGCCGUGCUAGGUUCUGUGGAAAGGAUGUUGGGAGUGCUGGCGGAAAGCUGUGGAGGAAAAUGGCCGUUGUGGCUGUCCCCGUUCCAGGUGGUUGUCAUCCCAGUGGGAACUGAGCAAGAGGAAUAUGCCAGGGAGGUGCAGCAGAGACUACAGGCUGCAGGACUGGUCUGUGACCUGGAUGCCGACUUAGGACUGACCCUCAGCCGGAGAGUCCGCCGGGCUCAGCUCACCCACUACAAUUUUCAGUUCGUGGUUGGCCAGAAAGAGCAGAGUAAGAGAACGGUGAACAUUCGGACUAGAGAUAACCACCGACUCGGGGAGCGGGACUUGACUGAGGCUGUGCAACGGCUGCUGGAGCUCCAGAACACCAGGGUCCCAGAUGCUGAGGAAGUGUUCUGAGCUUUUGUAUACAGAUGUGGCAGGAGCCGCCAGCCGCCCUUCGCAUGGGAGACCUCGUACCUGACUGCCAGAGUCUGAAGGCCCCCAGACCCAUCAGAAUGCAUGUGGAGGCAUGACAUUGCUCUCCUGGAAAGACAUUUGAUCUGGGGGAAGCUGUAUCUGUUUGGACAUGAGGAGAAUGAAAGUAUAAAGAAUAAACUUAAAGCUCUCGGGUA